AUGGAGGUGUACUCCGACAAUGGUCCUCAGUUCCUUUCUAAAGAAUUCAGGGACUUCGGUACAUUAUUCGAUUUCGUUCAUGUCACCUCAAGUCCAAGAUUCCCAAGAUCUAGCGGACUCGCUGAAAAGGGGGUGCAAAUCGUCAAAAGGAUCCUCAAGAAAAGCACUUAUGCUAACACCAACUUCUUCCUAGGCCUGCUAAACUACCGGACGACGCCGCUGGAAGACGGGAACUCCCUGGCAGACAUACUGAUGGGUCGACGACUACGGUCCCGCCUACCAGACUUCGGAAGUGCUUCACAGGUGGACGUCCGAAAGCAUCGACAGAAUGGUGCUUGGACCGUCAAAGCGAAAGUGCAAGACCGCUUGGCACCGAGGUCCUACAAAGUCGUCACGGAGGACAAUAAAGUACUGCGAGGGAAUCGGCAGCACCUGCUUCCAACCUCUGAGCACUGCGUUCGGACAACACCAGCCAUGGGUGAUCUUUCAUGCACAGGAAGCAAGCCAUUCAGCGAAGUACUGACAGGAUCCAGCGGUCUCGAGCAGGCAGCUCCCAGCACAUCUGGUGCAUCUUCCAGGGACUCAGCCCCAUUGUUAACGAAAGACAGUGUAACUACGCAAGGACUGUCCCUGCGACGAUCGACCAGGACAAGACGUCCGCCGGACAGAUUGAUGUUUACAUAA